GGCUAAGCUCGGUCUGAAAUUUGCUUCCGACAGAGCCUGAUUAAAGCCCGAAGGGAAAUAAUCGGUUCAAAUACACCAUCGCGGGGUAAAUACCUCCUAAAUACCACAAACAAAUAACAGUGGCGCAACCGGCGCACCAUACUCGUCGACUGUAAACAAGCUGCAGCUCGAGGACCCAAAAGUCAGUCACCAAAACGUUUACAAGGGCAACUUCUCCAACCCAAUCGACUGCACAAAGCUACAUUACAACCGCACCAUUAUACUGGUCUGCCGAACAGCUCAGGGAUGGACCCCUCGAGCACGUUGACCCCGCCGAAACGGUCCACCGGAGCUCGAGACUCUCCGUCAAGCCUAGGACGUGCUACAGGAUCAAGUCCGGCUUACCUUUCGAGCAUAAGGAAACAUUCCUUGUACGGGACGGACGACAGGGUAGUCAUCGACCCUGGGUCUCGGAUAUGGAAGAUCGGAUUCUCAGGAGAACCUCGACCUAGGAAAGUCUUCUUCGUGAAAGAUUCUUUCAACUCGAAAUCGAAAACGAAAACCGAAGCUGCGUUGACGACUGCGAACGAAGAUGAUAGUGAGGAUGAAGAGGAAGACGAGGAGGAAGGGAUCUGGGAUGUAGAUCUGAGCGGGAUGAGCGUGGGCCUGGACAGGUUUAGGAGGCGGAACGGCUGGGGCGAACAAGGAGAUGAGGAUGAUGGACCCGAGGUCGAGCGUACAGGCGAGGCUGAGGGUGUCGGUGAGGGAGAAGGCGAUGGUCGCGGUCAUGCUGCCGCAGAAACCGGUGAUCAAAAAGAAGAACGAGCAGACGAGCAAGUGUCCAUGGUGAAGGGCAGGGUUAAGGGCGAGACGAAGGAGAGGAGAGAAGAGGUCUUGAACGUCAUCCGGGCGAGGUUGAUCAAGGUCCUCAGAGACGUGUAUUACAAAUACCUUUUGACGGAAUCGCGCUCUCGAAGGGUCAUCGUCGUCGAGAACCCGUUCCUGCCGGAUCCGAUAAAGAGGAUCAUAGGCGAGGUCUUGUUGGACAACCUGCAGGUCCGGUCGGUCAGCUUCACACCAGCGCCCAUCCUCGCUUUGAUGGCUGUGGGCAGGACGACAGGGUUGGUACUCGAUGUUGGUUAUCGCGAGUCUACCGUAGUUCCCGUGUUCCAAGGGAGAAUUUUGCACGAGUACAUCACUUCGACAGGGAUCGCUGGCAAGGCGUUCUUGGACCGUCUGAGGUUGUUGGUCGAGCGUUACGGACGAGGAUCCAACGCGGGUACGAGGUCCGGAAGCGACGAGGUCGAGGGCGAGGUCGAAGGCAAGGUUAGCAGGCACGCGAGAGGCGGGAACGAACAGAAGAUCUCGAUAGAACUGUUAGAGGAGAUCAGGUCAAGAGGAUGUUUCAUCCAUCCAGAGCCUGUCACGCCACUGAGAUCGCCAACCGAAAUCAAAACGACCUCGAGCUUCAAACUGCACCCGACGUCAAGUUCGGAGGAUGAUUUGGCAGAAACGCUCCGUCAAGCCUAUUCACAUACAUCCGACCCGAACACCCGGGCGACGGUCUUUGUUGACGAGAACAGUGGGAACGUCACCGGUCGAUUUAAUUCCUCGACUCAAUGGGUCGUCCCCGGUUGGGUCCGAGAACGGACGGGAGAAGUCUUCUUCGAGCUCGGAGAGGGGGAUAAGGGGUGUAGCUUGCAAGAGGUCCUCGCCGGGUGUCUCGUCAAGCUACCGAUCGACCUGAGACGGACGAUGAUCGGGAACAUCCUCCUUACGGGCGGCGGAGGCGCUGGAUUACCGGGUUUCACGAGGAGGUUACGGACGAGCCUCUGCAGGCUUAUCGAGAUUGAGGGUUCUUCGGUCGGUGUCGAACACGAAGUCGGGCUUGGAUCCGAGAUCGCUGGGGCUCGACCUCCAUCCGUGUCGGGACCUUCGGUCGAAGCCAACCAACAGGAAGGUCAAGUAGAAGCAAAAGUCAGAAGUGAGGAGGCUAAAGUCAAAGGCGACCGCAAGAUGAAACUGGAUGGAUACCGGAGCAUAGGUAGACGACCUUAUGCCUGCCUGGCCGGGUUGAAGGGGGAAGUGGGGAUCUUGAACGAUACCAGCCUCGGCUCAAAGUCGAUCUCAGGAUUGGGAUCGGGAGCGGAGUCCGGAGGAUCGGGGUCUGGGGCGGCGCCGGCUUGGAAUAUGGGGUUGUUGAGUUGGAUAGGAGGGAGUCUUGCCGGGGCUUUGCAGAUCGGAGGACGGGAAUUCGAGAUCGAGGCGGACGAAGAGGGUUAGAUGAGACGCGCUGAGAGGUACGAUACGAAGGAUUGGGGAUGAUGACUGGAAAGUGGAACUACGACCUGUUUACGACAACGAGAAUGAUCACGACGACGACGAUGAAGACGACGACGAUAUUACGAAAGGUUGUUAUGAAGGAUUGUACCACGAACCCUAUGAAUUUUACUAUCAACGACUUAACCUAGA